AUGGCGCCAUACCAGCAGCACCCUGCCUCCCACAGCUGGGACCGCUGGCCUCAACACCAGGCCGGCUCAGACUACGUGAUGAUGAACGACAUGGUGGGCUACGACACAAGGUCGAUGCCGUCCUCGGCACCGCUCCAACGGCCCGUCAUGGCUCCCCAGUACGUCAUGGGAAACUCGUACGGAGACAGCCCGGUGACGCCAAUGUCGGCUUCAAACUAUCCCGGCCACUCCCAGUUCGGCGACUACGGCUCUUACAGCCAGCCGUCGCCGUCGCUGACCUCUCCAUUCCAGCAACACCCCGACCGAUUCGCGCACCGACCCAUGGCACCACCGACACCACCACUGGACUCAGACAGCCAUUCAAUCUACUCCAGGGACGGCCAGGCGUCGUACACCUCCAGAGACACAAGCCGGAGGUCCUCUACGAAGCCAGUGACCGUGGUGAAGACAGAGGACGUCACCGCCCCAAGGACGCCAAAGACCAUCGAACCUUUCAAGAAGGAGGAUGGAUCCCUACAAUACGAAUCAAAGGAGAAAUUCGAUUUCCUCCUGCGAUUAAUCCCGAAAACCCUGAAAUUGGAGGACUCGAAUGACCAGCAGCCCCAGCAGCCCGAUGCCAACCCUGCCAUCACGAGUCUGGCAGUGAAAGAGGAACCUGGGACCAAGGCGCCACUCAAGAAAUACAAGUGCGAUUAUGCAGGCUGCAAUCGGAGUUUCGCUCAGAAGGCUCCCUUCAAGACUCACCAGGACACACACAAAGGAAUCAAGACACACCAAUGUGACAUUUGCGGUAUAUGGGUCUCACAGGCCGGGAAUCUCCAAACACACAAACGUUGCCACACGGACGAGAAGCCGUUUGCAUGUGGAGUGUGUGGCAAGUUGUUCAAGCAGAGGGGAAAUGUCAAGCCGCACAUCGUAAACGUCCACGAGAAGAAGAACAAAUCCGUCUGUAACUUCCCUCGUUGCGGCAAGCACUUCACGACAAUAGGGAAUUUGAAGAACCACAUCGGCAAAGUCCACAAAGCAACGCUCGAAGAACUGGUGUACAAAAUGGAACACUGGAACGAGAACGACAAGCUUGAAGACACUUGGAUCCAGCUUUUCCAAGAAUAUCGCGUGAUCUUCAAGAACAGCAACAAGGGCAUCAAGGGUCGAGGCCCCAAGGAUACGAAGACGUUGAAGCACGAACAGAACGCGGUCAGGACCAGGAUCAAACCCAGGCGAGAGGCGACCCAGCAGAUGACGCCCGUGAGUCCAGAGCCGAUCCAUGUCGGCGAUGUCGGCCACAGUAGGUCGCAAUAUUACGACCAUCAUCAGCAAGCCCAACCACCAUUCCACGGUCUUCCACUGCCUGCGCAACAGCAAGCUCAACCGCAGUUCCAUGCUCUUCCCCUACCUGCUCAGCAGCAGCAGCAGCAGCAACAACAACAGCAGGCUCCUCAUUACGCACCUAUAUCGAUGCACCACACCCAGACACCAUCCUAUCAUACCCUGCCUCAGCCCAUGGGGAACAACAUGGGAUGGGCACCGCAAUACCAAUAG